AUGGCCGAAGUGGAUAAUAAUGGUUGGAAAUUCGCCCAAUGCUUUGGUGACAAAGGUGAAGUCGAAGACAUCACAGAAGACGGUCAAGGUGGUACCAAGAAUUUAUAUCACUCUCUUUUUCACUUUGUGAGAAGAAUCGGUGUCUUUGCUUGGGCAGCACGGCAAAGGCUUGUUCUUGGCCGCGAUCGUGUUCCAGUGCCAGAUACUGACAUUAUUUCAACGGUGGAAUUUGACCAUACUGGUGAUUACCUAGCUACUGGUGACAAGGGAGGCAGAGUAGUGUUAUUUGAACGUAAUGAUGGGAAAAAAGGCUGCGAAUACAAAUUCUAUACGGAGUUUCAAUCGCAUGAACCUGAAUUUGAUUACCUAAAGAGUUUGGAAAUUGAAGAGAAAAUUAAUAAAAUCAAAUGGUGCAAACGACAGAAUGCAGCACAUUUCUUGUUAUCAACCAAUGACAAGACUAUCAAACUUUGGAAAGUAUUUGAGAAAUCCUUGAAAGUAGUGGCAGAAAAUAACCUGAGUGAUGGUUUGCGACCUUCAAAUGGCCAACUUUCGAAUUUAAAAUUGCCAAAGCUUACUCACCACGACACCAUCAUUGCCGCAGUCCCACGGAAAGUGUAUGCUAAUGCUCAUGCAUACCAUAUCAAUUCUAUAUCUAUUAAUUCUGACGGAGAAACCUAUAUAUCUGCUGAUGAUUUAAGAAUUAAUUUAUGGAAUUUGAAUAUUAGCGAUCAGAGUUUCAAUAUUGUUGAUAUUAAGCCAGUAAAUAUGGAAGAACUGACAGAAGUUAUUACAGCCGCGGAAUUUCACCCGGUCCACUGUAAUCUCUUCAUGUAUAGCAGCAGUAAGGGGACGAUAAAACUAAGCGAUAUGCGAGCAGCAGCUCUUUGUGAUCAACACGCAAAGCUGUUUGAAGAGCAAGAGGAUCCAGCCAAUAAGUCCUUCUUUUCCGAGAUUAUUUCAUCCAUUUCUGAUGUAAAAUUCAGUAAAGAUGGACGAUAUAUUCUCUCACGGGAUUACUUAACGCUCAAAAUUUGGGAUAUUGCAAUGGAAAAUCGACCAAA